AUGGUGCGGCGUGGUGUGGCGCGGGACGAUGACAGUGAGCCGCUACGCAGCAUUGAAUCACAUGCUACAGUAGAAAUUCCCGCUCGAAAUCCCAGGGAAUUCUUGACUAUAUGUUGGGAUCGAUCUGAAACUCCGGAAUUGAGGGUUGAUAUAACAUGUCGAAAUCUUUUGGCAUUUGCCGAUUUACUUGUUUAUCCAAGAUCAUCCCAAACGGAUGUUAAAUUUAUUGGUAGUAAUAUUGUACGAACUCUGCUCGCUAGUAUAAGCAAUGCGCUACAACAGUCUAUAAAUGCAGUCAAAGAUGGUGACAUUCGUCCGGUAAUUAGUGAUCAUGAUUUAAAAUCGACAAAUAGUGUCUAUUAUUAUUUAUUUCUUGGAAGACUUAGUGGAACAUCGAUUGGAUUGCAAGCGAUAGAUGAAUGCGAUAUAUUUAAACGGUAUGAAUUAUGCUAUUUAACAUCUGAUAACUUAUUUGACAUGUGA